AUUUGUUUACGAACAAUUUGACAAGUCAUUCGGAAAAAGAAAAUUUAUUUAAUAUCAGUCAGUCUUGAUUACAGUAGUCAGAUUAAUUGCAAAAAAUCUAACUAAAACCUCUCAAGGUCUAAAGUAAGCGGUGAUACAAAUUUCACAACUUAUAUGUUCGCAAAAUACACGCAUUUAGUGUAGACAAGUUUUCACCAUGCCAUACGUUUAUCUGGGAGUACACUUGCCGUUUCAAAGGUAUAGAAAAAUAAAGGUUGAAAAUUUUGACUUAGACUAUAAAGCAGAGCAGCUACGUGUAGAGGCUGGCAAUGCAAUCAAGGAUAUUCCAUCUGAGGAUUUUGAUUUUAUUUAUUGCGGCGAUAUACUGAAAGACGAUGAUGUUCUAAGAGACAAAGGAAUAGAAAGUGGAUCCGUGAUUCAUCUCAUAGAAAAGAAAAAAGAGCUUCCUACGGCAACAGAUGUGCCUAACUUUACUGAAGCGGAUGUGCAAGAGGUGCUCGGUAUCUGGAGAACGGUGGAUUCGUCGAAUUUUCAAAAAGUGCGCCAUCCGGAGUUUAUGAGAAACGUACUUGAUGCUAACCCCUCUGUUCGAAAAGACUUGUGGGCGUUGUCUAUUUUGAAAGAUCCUAUUUUACUAUCAUCCAUGCAGCAGCCAGAAACAAUUCGAAGGGUUGCUGAAAAGCAUUAUAUCUUAAUUAAAGCAUCCCGUUCAAUUGUUCAGCUUCUCAACUCAAAAAUGAUAUCGAAAUCAGCAACAUUUUCCCCUACAAUUGAGAGUGCACUGGACGAUGCCUUAUCAGACUCUUCGUCCAGCGAUGAUAAUACAUCACCAACCACUUCCACUGGUGUUCGCUCAGCGAGACGAAUUACAGCAGACCAACUUGCAUCUGCUUUGGCUUUCGCUGGUACGUCGUCUUACAAUUCACUUUUAAGCAUCUCCCAAAGAGAUGCUGACAGUCGGGAAAGUACAGAUCAAGUUAGUCAGCCGUCCACGUCCGGUAGUGGCUCCGCAUCAAAUCGCAUAACGCCAUCGAUGUUCAUGAACGCCUUAUCGGAGGUAAUUCAAUCGCAACGACGAUCCAAUGACCCCGAACCUAUGGACACAUCUCCAUCUAGUGCAGCACCAGCACCUCCAGCUACUGUUCCGGAUAAUGACAUUGGCUCGCAAACACAGUCACAGCAUUCAACAUUAGAGGCUAGCCUCAGUAAGUAUCGCUCCGAGCUAGAACAAAUGAGAGAAAUGGGAUUGACCGAUACGGAAACGAAUAUUCAGGCAUUAAUAGUGUGCAACGGGAACGUAGAAACAGCAGUAAAUCUGGUGUUCAACGGAAUGACGAAUUGAAAUGUGCAAAUUUUUCCCAGUGCGACCGUUACUAAAGCAACUGAUUUGUAAGUUUGAAUUCAAUAAUAAAUUCAUAUACGAAACUGG